AGGGAAAAUCACAAGGAAGAACAGCGCAGCACUCCGACUCCAUCGGCAGCGCACGUCUCCCUUCCCUUCUCCCUUCUUCCGUCGUCGACUUGGACGAAGCCCUGACGCCGCCGCCGCCGUCGCCGUCGCGUGAGCCCUAGGGUUUUCCGAUGGAGCCCGCGGCGGCGCCCGCUUCCUCCUCGUCGUCGGCGUCCACGUCAUCGCUGCCGGCGGCGGCGGAGGCGGCGGAGCUGAAGCUGCGGCGGAGGACGCUGGAGACGGUGCUGGAGCAGUGCCAGCGCGCGCUGGAGCUGAUGCGCGAGGCCGAUCUCGGCGCCGCCGGGCCGGACGAGGAGGACGCCGAGGCGGGGAAUCCGGACGAGGAGGAAGGGGGCGGACUGGGGGAGGGCCCGCCGCCGCCGCGGUCGCCGUCGGACGCCGACUACGAGACGGACGAGUUGUGUAAUCUUCUCAAAUCAAGGGUUGAAUCACCAGAGUUCCUUGAAAAGCUUGAUAACAUUCAGAAGUCAGUAUAUCAACAUGGUGCAGAUGAAACCAUAUCAUGGGAUAUCGUAAGUGCGGCAGAUAUAUGGGAUGAUAAGAGCAUGAAUGUUAGUGAUGAUUCGGAGGAUGGGUAUGUUCUUGUUAAGCAAGAGGAUAUAGUUGAUGGGAUUGCAUGCUUCAUGGCUGCAUACCUGCUGUCGCUGAAAGAAACUAAGGAAUUGACGCCCAAUCAACUUCAACAAGCCCUUAGCAAGACAUUUUCAACAAAAAAGAGGAAAAGCAAGCUUCAGAAGGCAUGGGCCGGAACACAAGUUAUUUAUAAUGUAGCAUCAUGGAGUGCAACAGCUGUUGGUAUCUACCAGAAUCCAGCGAUUCUAAAAGCAGCAACAACAGCCUUUUGGACAUCCUGCCGUGUGGUAUCCAAGUUUCUGUGAAUAGUCCAUGCCUUGCCGCUGUGAUCCUGUACACAUUGUGUGAUAUGACUUCCCUGUACCUCCAUUGGGGGAAGCAUUGUUGUCAAACUUUUAUGGUACACUUCUACGAUUGUGAUUCUAUCGAACUCCUUUGCCUGGUUCAUAGGUUGCUCUCAACAAUUAGAUCAUGUAUCAGAAAUUGUCAGAUCAAACCACAUUAGUGAAUGAUGAUGAACGAACAUGUGGAGCCUGAUCUACCCGUCGGUUGUAGCUUCCUGUGUACUUAUACCAUUCAUUUGUAUCUGACCACCGAUUGCCAACUCCUUGUAUAUACAAACCCGUUUAUUGUGUACACCGGCUGUCCAAUUGAACAUGGGCGUAUCUGUCCAACUGUAAAUACACCAAUUCGUUUGAGUGAUUUGCAACAGUUGCUAUCUGAA